AUGUCCAAGCUUGGCAGCCUGGCCCUCGAUGGCGGCGAUCCUCGUCUCCAUGAGAAAGAGCACGAGAACAUGGAUAUUCUCGCUGCGAACGACAUGAGCAGUGGGAUCCGUCCACAGCACCGCAGGCUGCAUGACCCUACUGUCACCUUCGAGGAGUACUAUCACUAUGCUCAGAAAACCCGGGAAGAGGAAGAUACCUUUGGAGGCAAAGAGACUGGAAUUAUGUCCAUUUUCUUCCCUUCUAAGAACGACAGCGGCGUGCAACAAAUAGCCGAGAAUGGGAGCAAGGAUGCCACUCAGAUCAAUACCACCGAUGAGGCAAGUCGCAUGAUGGUCACCGACGAGGAGUGGACCAACGCCUCGCGUGCGCUUCGUACUGCCACCCGCGGUGCUAUUUUCUACCUCAUUACUACUGAUAUCCUGGGCCCAUUCGGUCUGCCCUACGCGGUUGCAAGUAUGGGAUGGGGCCCCGGAAUUGCUUUAUAUACGGUUUUCGCAGGCCUCGCUGGAUACUCUGGAUAUCUCCUUUGGGUUACUUUCAUGGGCCUUGACUCGUAUCAGUUCCCUAUUCACAGCUUCGGAGAUAUUGGCUUCCGUCUGUAUGGUCCCUGGCUGCGCUAUCUGUUCAACAUCCUGCAGAGCAUCCAGCUGCUGCUCAAUGUCGGAUUGAUCGUCAUGGGCAACGGAAUGGCCUUGUCCCAGGUCGCUAAAUUCAAGGUUUGCUUCAUUGUCUGCUGCGUGAUCUGGGCUGCGGCUGGAUUUGCUCUCGGCCAGGUUCGUACUCUGCAGAAAUUCGGAUGGUUGGCCAACGUCGCUGUGUGGCUCAAUCUCCUGUGCAUGUUCGUCAGCAUGGGUGGUGCCGCCCACUCAGACCCAAACUAUUCUGCUCAUAACCAGGCUGCCGGAGCGAGCUUCGGCGACGGCUCGUCUGUCCAGCCGAACCCGUUGACCGGUGCCUGGCCCGCUGUGCACACGAGCGGUGGCCUUCCUGAUCCUUCAAACUUCAUCGGCACUGUCAGCGGCGCCAUGCAGGCCGUUUUUGCCUACGGUGGUUCCAUGAUUUUCCCGGAGUUCAUGGCCGAAAUGAAGCGCCCCAGGGAUUUCUUGACUGCCAUGUGGGCCGCCCAGGCUUUCAUUUACGUCACCUACAUGCUCUACGGUCUUUUCAUCUACGGUUACCAGGGCCAGUACACUGUCAACCCCGCCUACCUCGGAGUCAGCAAGUAUGGCCUUCAAACUGCGGGCAAUGUCAUGGCUAUGGUUACUGGACUCAUUGCUGGUGGUCUUUAUGGCAACAUUGGUGUCAAAGUCAUCUACAACAAUAUCUUCGUUGAGAUGUUCCAUGCCCCUCCUCUCACUCACAGAGCUGGCAAGUUCCUGUGGGUGGCAAUCAUCCCGGUCUACUGGGGCAUCGCCUUCAUCCUGGCCGCCAGUAUUCCCAGCUUUGGAGGUCUUACUGCCGUCGUUGCCGCUUUCUGCAUUCUGCACUUCACCUACAGUUUCCCACCCAUGCUUGCGACGCUCUUCUGGAUCAAGGAGGCAGCCUUGCAAGAGGGAGAAGGAUUUGAUCCUGCCACGGGUAAUACAAUUCGUCACGAUAGUGGCAUCAAACGCCUCGUCCGUGGAUGCAUGUCUCUGAAGCCAAAGAUUCUGAUGAUGAGCGUUUUCAACGUCUUCUACUUCUUGGGUGCACUGGCUCUUGCCGGCCUUGGUGCCUACUCCGCCAUCGAAGUUCUGAAAGAUGCCUAUAAGGGCAAGGUCUCUACGGCCUUCACAUGCCAUAGUCCGCUGGAUGGUUAG